AAGAUAGUUGUUUGUUUUGUAUGCACUAUGAAUUUAAAUCCAAACCAUUCUUUAAUUAAUGAUUGUCAUAUUUAAUUGGUUUCGUUUUUAGAAACAUGUUUUGAAAUUGUGCAUUCGAAAUUGUUUUCACCCUGGUGCCAGCACCUUGGUUCCUCUGCCGCAGUUUGACAGCUCAAAGGUGUCCAGCUGGAAGGUUCUCAAAAAAAUGGUCACCUAUGUAUGGCCUAAAGAUAAUAAACGUUUGCGGUACCGAGUUUUGUUUGCACUGGCACUGCUUGUCAGCUCCAAGUUGACAAGCGUAGGCGUGCCUUUCAUCUUCAAAGAAGCAAUCGACUAUUACAAUCAGUACAAAGAUCAUGUGUUCAAUCUGGACAAUCCUGCCGUGACAGUCGUAACGCUCGGCACAGCGCUACUAAUUGCUUAUGGAGGUGUACGAGCAACUUCCUCGCUAUUUAACGAAUGUCGAAACGCAGUGUUCGCCAAAGUGGCACAGAAUUCAAUUCGAACGGUCGCACGAAAGGUGUUUUUACAUAUGCACAAACUUGAUCUUGAUUAUCACCUGAAUCGCCAGACCGGCGCAUUGGCGAAGGCCGUCGACCGUGGAACGCGAGGCAUAAAUUUCGUUUUGUCGGCCCUUGUGUUCAAUGUUGUUCCAACGGCGUUUGAAUUCGGAUUGGUCACUGGAGUAAUGUACUACAAGUGUGGAACGGACUUUGCGCUACUGACGUUGGGCUGCAUCGGUACUUACAGUGUGUUUACCGUAGUCAUUACGCAGUGGAGGACAAAAUUUCGUCACCAAAUGAACACAUACGACAAUGCUGCUGGAAAUCGUGCCGUGGACGCCCUGAUCAACUACGAAACCUAUUUUAACAACGAAGCAUUUGAAGCCGACGAAUACGACAAACUGUUGGCGAAAUAUGAAGAAGCGUCGUUGAAAACUACUUCCAGUCUUGCCGUGCUGAAUUUUGGGCAAAACCUCAUUUUCAGUGUGUCCCUUUCAGCUGUAAUGUUGCUAGCAGCGCAGAGAAUUAUGACAGGCAAGUUUUACGGCAGAUCGCCGAACUCGGGCUUUGGCACUCCAAGAACGAUGACAGUGGGAGAUAUGGUGAUGGUCAACGGCUUGUUGAUGCAACUGAGUAUGCCUCUAAACUUUUUGGGCAGUGUCUACAGAGAAGUCCGCCAAGGUCUAAUUGACAUGCAAGCAAUGUUCAGCUUGUUGGCCCUUGAAGGUUCUGUAAAGGAGAAGCCAUCUGCUGCGGUGCUAGAUCUUACCCCUGAAGAAUGCACCAUUAGUUUCGAGAAUAUCUGGUUUGGAUACCUACCAGAGCAGUACAUUUUGAAAGGCCUUACGCUUACGGUCCCCGCUGGUCGCAAAAUUGCAAUAGUUGGAGGCAGCGGAAGUGGGAAAUCGACUUUGGUGCGUUUAUUGUUUCGAUUUUUUGACCCGAAAAAGGGACGCAUAUUGAUCAACGGAUUGAAUACCCGUGACGUCACGUUGGACAGUUUGCGGCGCCAUAUUGGCGUUGUUCCACAGGCACGUCUACAUUAUGUUUCUUUUGGAAAUGAGUCUUUUAACAGUAAUGUACACAGAAAACGCUUUAUCAGAUUGAUAACGUGCUAA